UUGGUAAUGGGUAAAUUCCUUCAGAGUGUAGUUGAAGGGUGUGCCACGCGCUUUAGAGAAGAACCAGCGCGUGAUCAGACGCUGCGCGAGACAGAUCAGCGCCAACUUUACCUUUAUUUUAUUCACAGCUAUUUGUGAUCGAUUGGAAGCAAGCCCACCCUGACUCGCACUGACCAUUUAGAAGUUGAGGGGAAACAAGGACUAAUACAUAUACAUUUUUUGCUUUUGAAACUGAAAGAUGGCCGAUCAGCUGCAGAAACUUGUUUCACAGAAGAAGGAUGUCGUCGAGACCGUCAUGGAAGUGUUUGAGCAGGACGCAGAAGUGGUGGCCAGCAUCGCUGGAGAUCUGUUCCCCGUGUUCUCCAUCGCAGCUCCGAUCGUGAAGCUGGCGCUGGAUAACGUGGAAAGCAAAGAGGCCGAGUACAUGAAGGAGCAGUUCCAGAAAGUGCGAGAUCGCCUGGAAGUCGUUUCUGAAGAAGUCCAGCAGAUAAACCAGGAGAUCAAGAAGAGCGGCAUAGAUGCAACCUACUUCUCCGUGGAGGAGAACCUGACCAACCAAUUCCGCAAAUUCAUGGACGUCCUGAACGCCAAACCUAAAUUCAGAGAAGUCCGCAAGAAAACUUUCCUGGACCACUUCAACAGGACAGGGGGUGAUAAAAACCUGCACACACUUUAUAACGCCGUAACUGGAGAUAACUUCUCAGGAGAGUCUGUGCUGGAAAUCACUCUGAAUUACGAGCAGAAGAGCCGCAGAAUGGUGGAGGAUUUUUGCGCUACGCUCAAGAAACUGUUCUGCAUCGGUUUGAUCGCCUUACUGGGACAAGCAGCAUUGAAAGGCGAUGACGAGGAGGAGAAGCUGCUUCAAGAUUGGAGCGAAAGGAUGAAAGUGGUGCAGGAUAAAAUGAACGUCGUGAUUGAAGACUGCAUCAACAGCUUUCCGACGCAGGCCGAGCUGGACACCAAACGCAUAGUGAGAGACCAAAGCGACAAAAGCAACCAGCAACUGGCCGACUUGCUGGUAGAGCACCUGAAAAAGAAGUACGACUGGGUUUGCUGGUCAGUCCGCGUCUUUAACUCCCCCACCGGCCUGUUCACCAACAAGAAAGACUUCCACGGUUUGACGGGAAAGAGUCGCUUUCAGGUGCCAUCGUCAGAUGACAAGCUAAACGUUGUGGUCUCCUACAGCGCCUCGCCUGAACCCAUCGAUAAAGCCCGGAUACAGAGCCUGAUUUCAGAGCAGAAGAAGGUGACGAUGACGCCGUUGGCUGAACUGCUUUUUGAGACUAUCCCUGUUAGUGUGGUUCACACAAUCAAGACCUCAUGCAAAGAUCUGGGCUUCUCCAGCAGCUUCUCUGAAGAGCUGCACUUCUUUGAGGAGUUCAAGAGCUUCUGUGUCUUUCUUCAUUCUGCUUAAAUGAAGAGGAGAAGGUAAAGAUUGAGCAGAUGUUGUAGAAUGAUAUUCAAUUCGACAAUUAUAUUUAGACAACUUAGUCCCUGACUUGUGACCAAAAUAUUGUUCUCUCCAUUUUUUCUUUUUUCAUCUUUUAUACUUAGUAUUUCCUUUAUCUCUGCUUGUUUUAAAGCUGCAAAUGAACACUUUAAUAUAUCGAAUUUGUAUUUGUAAUAUAAAAAGUGUUUAGUUCUCUCUUAUUAGUGCAUUUGGGGGGUGAUGGUAGGGAUUUUAAGAUUAGGCUGGUAAAAAUGUAGUCUCGUUGGCACUGAUAUGGUAUGAUGUGGGUAGCGCUGACAUACAGCACCAUUGUGCUUUGGG